AGAAAGAAAUUCAAAACGCAUUAAAGAGUGGGCAGCGCGCUGGCUAAUCUUCUUCUAAAAGCAUUGAACCGAGCUGAGCUAAUAGCUAAUACUCCGUAUAAUACAAAAUUCCUCAAUCAAUUAACCAGCCCGGGCAGUUUCAAUUCGAUGGAUUCGAGGGGGAAGGAGAGGAGCUCCGGCGCCGGAAUUCCGCUGCCGGAAAGCCCGCGGCAGCCGAUGGAGUUCCUGUCGAGAUCGUGGAGCGUCUCCGCCCUGCAGGUCUGCAAAGCCCUGACCCAUCACCAUCCUUCCUCCACCGCAUAUUCGCUUCCCAAACCUAGUACCACUUCCGCCGCCGCCGCUCCCAACGGCAGUGCCACACCGGAGAAUUCCGCCGGAGAUGACGAAGAGCUGCCGGCGGCGAAUCUCACCGGAAGCCCAUUCCCUUUUGCUUCCUCUGCCACCUCUCAGCUGGUGCUUGAGCGCAUAAUGUCCCAGUCGAUGCAGAAUGGGCAAGAAGUAUCGCCGCUAACAUCGGGAAGGUUGUCGCAUAGCAGCAGUGGACCUUUGAACAGUUCCCAUACAGAGGGAACUGAUAGCCCACCUGUCUCUCCCGACGACGAGCUCGAAGAUGUCCUUAAGUACUUGCAAGCAAACAACAGUCUCCAGCCUUUAUUCACAAACAACAUGAGGGGUGGGUACCCCAGCGGUGUUGGCAGCGGCGGAGGAAGCACCCCCGCCGGUGGCAGAACAGUGGGGAGAUGGCUGAAAGAAAGGAGAGAGAAGAAGAAAGAGGAGAGCCGGGCGCAAAACGCGCAGCUCCACGCAGUGAUCCAAGUCGCCGGAGUGGCCGCUUCGGUGGCAGCCAUUGCAGCCGCCACCGCGGCUGCUUCCUCCACGGGAAGCGACGAGAUCGCCGCGAAGACGGACAUGGCCGUGGCUUCAGCUGCAAUGCUGGUGGCUGCGCAGUGUGUGGAGGCUGCAGAGUCCAUGGGAGCCGACCGUGAUCACCUCACCUCUGCCAUUAGCUCUGCCGUCAGUGUCCGUUCCCACGGCGAUAUUUCCACUCUCACCGCCGCCGCCGCCACAGCAUUGCGGGGAGCUGCUACUCUGAAGGCAAGGGCAUUGAAGGAAGUGUGGAACAUUGCAACGGUCACCCCAGCGCCAGAGGACGGACACGGAACAAGUAGAGGUCUGACGACGAGCAACAACAAUGGCGGGUAUUGCGAGGGACUCGACAUUGAAGAGAAUUUCUUGGGUGUUUGCAACCAGGAGUUGCUAGCCCGAGGCCGCGAGCUGCUCAAGAGAACCCGGAACGGUGAUCUACACUGGAAAAUUGUGUCCGUCUACAUCCACCGCAGCGGGGACGUGGUGCUAAAGAUGAAGAGCAAGCAUGUUGCCAAUACCAUCACCAAAAAGAAGAAGAAUGUAGUGUUAGAGGUGUGCAAGAAUGUAGAGGCAUGGCCAGGGAGGCAUUUGUUUGAGGGGGGAGAGCAGUUUAGAUACUUUGGGCUGAGGACACAGGUGAGGGGUUUGGUUGAGUUUGAGUGCAAGAAUCACAAAGAAUAUGAGAUGUGGACUCAAGGCGUUUCAAGGCUUCUCUCUAUUGUGGCUGACAGGAAAAAAAGACCUCACUUCUGAACUAGCUACAAACAUCAUGUAUCCAUAAGAAAAGAAGAAAAAAAUAUGUGUGCUUUAAAUUGAUGAUGAUAAUUGGGAGGAGGACUAGCUUUAAUUUGCAUCUCAGUGUGUAUAAUGUGCAAUUUUAAGCCUAUUUUGGAGUACUAUUUAGUGCAAACACUUUUGUGAUUUUCUACUUUUACAUUCUAGAUAAAGAGUCACCCGAGUUCGAUCCGUGACUAAUAUAUUACACUGGUUCGU